UUGCCGCUCGAAUGAAAUGGACGGUACAUUUACCUGGUCAGAUCCCGACUCUCAAACGCAUGACGUCUUUUCAGAUCAGUCUUUACCUGCAGACAAAGGCGGAGAAGAAAAGCGACAAUGGCCACAAGUCGGCGAUAUCAGAUCAAAAGAGCAAGCGGCAAUGGAACCUGACGCGUGGCGCCCACUGCUGGAUCACAAGGGUUCCCGUGAACGCCCAUGCGCAGAGCAGCGUCGAGUCCAUGUGAGCGACAUUCCGCGCCGUGGAAACGUCACCGCGGUGUUACAUCUGUCCCCCAUCCCGCACAUCGCAAACUCGUCGCCGAGUGGCGCCCGAGUCAACGGAUCGAUGACGUAACGCCUUGCAGGCCGUGACUCAGGCACUUCGCCGUCCACGAUUAACAGCGCAAAUUAAAUAAAUUCAAUGUCAACUGCGAAUAA